AUGAAACAAAAAAUAGUUGUUAAUGGAUUAAUUUUUGCAAAUGGGAUUAAUGUAAAUUGGGAUUAUUCACACGUUUUUAUUGGGACUACUGGUACGGGAGAACUUUUAAUAUAUGAAAGAAAACCUGAUAAUAAAUUGAUGCUGUUGGAUGCUAUUAAUGUUGAACAUUCUAUUGAUAACGUUAAUGUGGAUCCGGUGACAGGUGAAAUUUAUCUUGCAGUGGCACAUAGUCUCGUAGAAAUGGGAACAUAUUUGAGUGGUUUGGACAAAUCAAAAAAACCUUCAUUCGGUGUUAUUAAAAUUAGUAACAACACUGAAGAAGACAAGUUUAAUGGGAUUAAAUACGUAAAAGAGAAAAUAUUUGAGGAUGAUGGUACUUUGUUUCAUGCGGCUUCUGUGGCGGCCGGUGAUAAGAAUAGGAAAGUGAUGUUUUUGGGAUCACCCUUUGCUGAAGGAGUUGUUAGAUGCGACUUGAAUAGAGAUAUAUCCAAGAAAAAAUAA